UUGCUGAUACAUUCUUUCAUAUAGAGACAGAAUAUCCUGCUCAAGACAUGAAAAAACCAUCAAAAACAAAGAAAGAAGGAAAAGAAGAUUCAAAAGAAAACAAAAGUUUGAAGAGGAAAUUGACUGCUCAAGAUGCUGAUGAAAAUGUCUCUAUAGAAACAUCCAGUAAGGCUAAAAAGAAAAGACCGUCUAAAGGUAUUUUGUUUAUUGAGAGUCUUCCAGAGUCUGUUGCAGCCAGUAGCAUAAAAACUUUGUUCAGUGAAAAUAAAAUUAAAUUAAAGAAACAUAAGACGCUAAAGUCUGGAGCUGCCAUUGUACAACUUAAAGACUGGUCUGAAAUUGGAAAGGCAGUGUCUUUGUUAUCAGAAAACUUUUUAGGUAAAGCAAUAUGUAUAAACUCUUUAAAAGAUGACCAAUGUGAUAUUGAUCAUUGCAUAAACCAAAGUGAUCAGGCUCCUCCUAUAACUGAGAAGAUGGCAGAUGUUGUGAUUACAGAGGAUGAGAAAUGUAAAUUGGUUGUGAAUAAUCUUCCUGCUGACUGUAAUGUUGAAGAUUUAGCAAAGAUGUUUCCUGUUGCUACUGCUAUUAAAUUAUAUCCCGCAAAAAGAUAUGCAAUUGUGAAGAAUGCAAAACAAGCUGCACCACUGUCUGAGAAUAUUCAAAAAGCUAAAGUUGAUGAAAGUUGUAUGGAACAAAAAGUACCGAGGAAGAAAGUGAAAAAGUCAAAACCAUGUAGUGAAGAGAAAGUAUGUUCUCGGAUAUUGUAUAUAGAAGGAUACUUUAAACAUUUCACUUUAUUGCAGCUGUCAGAUUUCUUUGAUGGUAAAAUUCUUUUGAAGAAAGACAGAUAUAUAGUCGUGAAGUUUAAAGAUAUCAAGACAUCUAAGAAAUAUUUUACACAAUUAAUGAAAUUAACUAACAAUAAUGAAAUUGUGACAGUAAAAUAUCUCCCUAAACGCAAAUAAAGGGCACAGUAAGAUCACUGUAAUAUUUGAUGCAAUAACUGAUGACUUUGUAAAAAAAAAAAAAAAAUAUUUCAUUUGAGUAAAAGGUUUAUUCCAGAA